UCCAAUGUCUGAUGAAUAAAACGUCAUAGAAAAUAACAAAUACUAUCACUAUCGGACAGUCAGUCGUUGGCGUAUAAUUUUAAUGUUUGCAUUCGCAUUGUCCCAACAUUUCCAUCUGGAAUCUAGUUUACUUCGGUCUGGUGCAUGAAGAUUACAUUUUAGUGACCGUAUUUUUCUUUACAUCCAACCGUGAAGAUGAUUAAUACUUGCAAGGAAUGCGGAUGUACGUGUAAGCACUGUGGUAGAGUUGAUAAUGAUAUCCAUCUUCACCUGGAAAUCGAAAAUCUCAAGCAGAAACUUGCUGAAAGGGACAGUCAUAUCAUUAGGAUGGAGACCAAUUUUUUGAAUGAUUCUACUGUAGAUUGUGACGAAGUGAUGCUGCUCAAAGAUGAUUUAUUAACUUGGCAGGAUAAAUAUAAAAGGCUGUCUGAUGCUCAUAAACGUGUCCAAAGAGUAAAUCAAGGAUUAGAAGAUAAAUUGUUGAAAGUAGUAGAUGCCUGUGAGACCGAUAAAAGUGCACUGGCUAAAGAUGUGGCUGUUUUAUCUGAAAAAUUGGCCGAAGCAAAUUAUACAGUGAAAAAAUUAACAGAAAGCAAUGAAAGGUACAAAACAGACGUAAACGUUGCCAUUCAGUUUCUGCAGUGCAAGCAGAGCAACUUCGUGGCCCACAAAUUCGAUAGUUUACCUCCAGACAUCCAGAGCGAGGUAUCUGUCUUCAUGACGCACAAGAAGAAACCAGAAGAGAGAAAAUUGGUGGAGGCGAAAAGCAUCAAAGUACCGAUACCCACAUUCCCACCAACCGCAAUGUUUUAUUCGUUACCCAAGUCCCCGAAGGAGGAGAGAAGGAUGGAGGAAGAAGGACCUCCUUCCACUCCUCCUGUCGACGUGGUAUCGGCAGCAAUCAUGGCAAAAGUGCUCGAGGAGAGACAGAGGGAGAGGAUGUGCGUAAAACACUGCGACACCUGCACCUGCUCCAAAAACUUGAAACUCACCGAUCCUGACCGAUACCACGACACCGGAACACAAACUGAGGACUUCAAGCAGUCUUGUAAGACCUGCAACGAUCUACCACAGACAGGCUUUCAGAAAUUGUCCAGGAGCACCGACAUAGCAAACACUAAAGUGCCAAAUUUCGAACUGGAAAACUGCAAUAACAUAGUAAAAGUUCAACCCAACAACUUCCUGGUGGAGAAGAGUAGUUCAAAUGCUUCCAGUCUCAUAGAUCUCGAUGUUAACUCAAACCCAGAUUCGAACAGUCUGGAUGCUUUAAACUCGAACUCAGUUAGUGAAGUCAGUGUCGAAUGCAAUAAGAGAACAGGUCGAUCUGGUUUGGUGUUAGAUAAUAGUAGUUCCGUUAAAAGGCAGUAUAAACCUCUUGUCCCAAACAUAAGUAGCAAACCAAUAGCUGCGUUCAAUUCGUCGAUAGCCCAUUUCGUUCAGAACGAGAAACUAAGCCAACCAGUGAAGGCGUACAGCACUAAGCCUAACCUUGUCCACGCCCACAAAACUACAGAUGUGGGCGGGGCGAACAUAGAUUCACUUAGGAAAGACGUAGAAGAAGUAAUAGUAACGAACGUUGGGGACCAAAGUCAAAGUACCAAUUUCCAGAGUAACAAAGAGAAUUUUCAAAAUUUAGAUAGGUCGAAAUACCAAGAAAUGGAGGAAAACGUGAAAAGAUUCCUCUUUAAGAAGACUGAACUGUGGAAGGAACAGUCUGAGGGUUCGGAUGGGGCCGAACAGUCCACAAAAGAAACUUUUUCGCACACACAGACGGAAAUUUAAGUUGGGGUAAUUUUAGAAGCGAUGGAUUGUUUUUGUCGUUUUCUGCUGGAUCUGAUUCGAUGAUUUUGCUUGCGCCUUCACUUUUACCACUUUUUUCAAAGUGUAUCAUUCUAUUAUUAUCUCAUCCGUAUCUCAACUUUGUACUUUUAAAAGUCGUCGUUUGAAUGGGUGAUUCCAAAAUUUUACAGAAAGAAAGGUAACAGCGAAACAAAUAAUUUCCACAAUUAUUAUUUUAAUUUGCUUUGUCACGUGAAAACUUCAUGGUCUGAUGGAAAAAACGAUUGUGAAAUGAGAUUAACUAAGACUAAGUAGUUGAUAUUGAAACAUUGUAAUCGUACAUUUGUAUGUGUGUUGUGGCAUUGAACUUUAAGGUAAAAUAUAAAAAAAACAGGGAACAGUAUAGAAAAAAGAGAUUACUUAUCGUAGGUUAGAUGAAAAUGAAAAAUUGGGAAACUUUACCCUAGAAUCGGCUUGAAACGGUUGUGAGAUCCUAUCAUGGCAAAGAAAAAAAGUAUAUAUAUUUAUGUAUAUUUAAGUAUUAUAUACACAGGAUGGCUUCAAUUGGACAAACAGUAUUUAUGCUUUGCAUACAUGCUCAAACAGAUGUAAAAUUAAUAUUUAAAGUGUGAAAUUUACAAUUAUUUUUGCUCAUGUAUGUAUCUGAUUAUUUUUACGAAAAUACUAUAUUUUUAUUUCUAUUUGUUGUUUUUGUUGUGGAGUUGAGUAAACACAAAGGUUCCUUUUUUCUUCAGGGCAUAUGCAUUGAGAAGAAAUUUCCCAAAUUGAGAAAGAUAACAAAUUAUAUACCUGAACUUUAUAGUCUGGUAGUUAUAUUAUUGAAAUAAAUAUUUCAAAGUAA